GAAUGCAAUUGUCUUUACUUUCAAAUGGAGUUAUGUAUCGAUAAUCUCAACAAUGUUUUGGAAACUAAGAAAUUAUUGUUUAAUGAAUUGAUGACUAGUUUCGAGUUUAAUAUAUCUUAUCAAAUUUUUCGUGAAAUCACAAAAUGUGUGCAAUAUUUGCAUGAAAAGCAUAUCAUUCAUAGGGACCUCAAACCAGAUAAUGUGUUGAUUUCAAUAGGCUAUACAAUAAAGUUAUGUGACUUUGGUUUGGCUAAAGAGGUCCCAAAUUGUGAUCCGUUUCUUAUGUCUAAAGCCAAACAUACGGCAGAUGUGGGAACUGUUGACUAUAUGGCACCGGAAGCCCAGACUAAUGAAUACAGCCAUUUAAUAGAUAUCUACAGUCUAUCUCUAAUUGGGUCUCAAAUCUUUGGCUUCAAUGUAAACGAUAUAAUCGACGGAAAACACCGGGGCAGUGCUCUGAGGGGUCCAAAAGAGGACAACCUUCCCACGGAGUACGAUCGCGCGGACCGGUUGACACGUGGCGUUGGAUGCUUCGGGACGGGUGGCCUCUAUGCCGAUCGUUUGACUCCACGUACCGGUGCCUUCGUUGUGGACUCAUUGGAGGAACUCUAUAAGUUGGUGGACCGAACCCGCCCUCUAGUAGUAUGUAAUUCCCCAUCUAAUGCCCGCACCACAGGACCCGCUUUG